AGAUUUAUGGCUCGUAUAGCCAGAGGUGCAAGCAUACAACAAGAAAUAUGCAUUAAGUUUCGCAAAUAGUAUAGUUAAUUACUUAGUUAUUUUGUAAAUUUUUGUGCAAUAAAUUUUAGCCAAAAAUCAAGCUGACAAACGUUCAGCUAUCUAGUUAUUGUUGCUCCAGUUGCAAGCGCGCGCUUCUCCCAUAGAAAGAAAAGAAAACGCAGAAGUGUCGUGUCGGUGUGUUAACGGUAUAACUAUAACGGCAUACAGAUGUACAUACAUAUGCAUGUAUAUAUGUAAAACGCAUACAUAAAAUCGAUUUUGCAAAUUGUUGAACGUCUUGCGCAAAAGCCAUGGUUGGAUUAUUGAAUCCAAUGAAAUAUGGCGAUCAUUUCUACGAACUAUAUACGAGCAAUACACGCAGAAAACUGCAAAAUGAGCGCAAGGCUCUCACGAAGCGCAAGAGCCGCAAAGAGAAGUCGGCAGCGGCCCUGGCAGCAGCUGCCGCCGCCGCUGUGCUGGACGGCAAUGGCGGGGGCGUUGGUGGCGGCGCCGGUGCUGCUGCUGGUAUCGUAAAUCCAUUGGAUCCACCGUUGGUUAAGGAUCAGCUGCUGUUUAUGCCAGCGUUUCCGGUAGCGCAAAUUGAGCUCGAUCCGAACGCAUCGAAAUUUGCGGUAUUUUCGGCCAUACGCUCCACGGUGCUGGAGGCAGAGACACGCUUUGCGCUCUUCCACGAGGGCAACGGACAUGGUGGCAAUGGCGCCGGAUCUGCGCUACGCAAAUGGAGCGGCAAUAUGGGCUCCUCGUGCUGUCUGGUCUGCGCCAGCAGCUGCAUGGUCAGCAAUCUGGUCGAAUGCUCCUGUCAUGCGCAGCACGCUGCGGGCGGCGGCGGUGCCGGUGCAGCUGGUGCCGCUGGCGUUGCAGCAGCUGGCGCUGGUGCUGCCGGGCAAGCGGACAAACGGACAGCGAACAGCGCCAAUAGCGAUGCCGACUCGGAUGCAGAGGAGCCUGAGGAGCGCGAACCGGUCUAUGCCACAGUUCCGCUCAUUGUCGGCGCCGGACUGCGCAGUCUCUUCGAACUGAUUGCGGACGCACGUCAUAUACAACCGCUGCUGUGCACCAAGGCGCUCAAGGCGCUGCUCGAUGUCAUCCAGGGCCAGCAGCCGGAAUCGUUUAAACUCGAACCGGAGGAUCUUAUCAAUCCGCUCUACGAUCUGCUGCUAGAUCUGGCCACCAUGCCGGCGGCGCUCACAUCCAGCACCGGCGCCGAGGCCAAUUGGUCGGCAAUGGCAUGCGCCGCCCUGCUCGGCCUGUGCAUUGCACGCGGCGAUACGGGCAAAAUGCUUAAGGCAAUUGCCGCCAUGCUGAUGUCGCCCAGGCAGCUCUCGGCGCAGAUUAUCCAGCUGCCCGCCGUGCUGGCUGCACUGCAGCAUACGGUUGUCAGCGCGGCGCUCAAUAAGCCAACGCGUCCCGAUUUCCAUAGUCAUGGAGUGCCGCACAAUUCUCUGGUUGAUGAGUUCGCAUUGAAAUUGCCCUCGCUGACGGUUCUACAGCAGCACAUGGCGCCAGCCAUGGCCUGCGAUGGCGUCUUUGUUUAUGUCCUUUAUGGCGGUGCAUUGUUAAAGAUUGGCACCGGCUUCGGUGGCUCCUACAAGGGGCACAUCUAUGCCCAGAACGAGGAGUUCUGUCGCGAACGCAACGCCUGGCUGGGCUACAGCGGCGGUCAAUUAUAUUUUCGACGCAAUUGCAAACGCAGCGCCGAUCAGCUGCAGCUGGUGGGCAUGGACACGCUGGCGGUCAAGUCAAUGAAUCCACUCAAUAUGCUCUCGAUGCGCGAGGGUCUCAACUAUGUGCUCUUCACCGAUGACGAUUCAUUGCAUGCCAUUUGUAGCAAUCGCGAUGACACACUGGUGGUUAAGAAGCUUAACCUUUAUCACAAUAGCUACAGCAGCGAGCCGCCGCCGUUCGAGCUGCCGCUGCAGUUGGCGCGCAAAAAGUUCCGUACGCUGGGUUAUGCGGCAUUCGAGGACGAGCUGCUCAAUCAGCAGCAGAUCCAGCGCAUACAGUCGGCGCACAAUAGCUUUGAGCCAAAGUUGCCGGCGCCGUGUCGCGAUGCCGAUGUGCUGGGCAUGGCCUGCGGCAAGGAGUUCGGUUUGGUACGUGCCAGCAAUGGGCGUGUCUACUACUAUGGCAAAUCGGCGGCAUUGGGCUUGAAAUGUGUGGGCCGCACGCCCACACUGAAGCUGACCGAACUGAUUGUCUCGAAGGCGGCUCACAUUGUGCACGUGGCCGUUGGGCACGAUGGCAUACAUGCGCUGCUCGUGAACGAUGACGGCACCGUCUAUUUUGCGGGCACGGCGCGGCGCGGCGAGGAUGGCGACAGCUCCAAGAAUCGACGCCAACCAAAGGCGGUGAAGCCCAAGAAGAUGACCAAAAUCGAUGGACAUGUGGUGGUGCAUGCCGCUUGCAACAAUGGCACCUCCGCCUUUGUGACCAAAACGGGCAAACUGAUCAUGUAUGGCAAGGAUACGGCACACUGCGAUUCGAUGGGCUUUGUCAGCGAGCUGCUCGAUCAGCAUGUGACCAAAGUGGCGCUGGGCAAGGCGCACUGUGUCGCCUUAAGCGCCAAGGGCCAGGUCUUCACCUUUGGCCUGAACAAUAAGGGUCAGUGUGGGCGUGUCUUCAACAAAAUGAUGCCCGUCCGUGAUGUGCCCAGCUCUUCGGCGGCGUACGCACUGCUCGGCUUGCACUCCGACAAGCUGCGCCACAAACUGGACUUCUCAACGCUCUGCGACUACGAUGAUCAUAAUUUGGUUCAGGGCCAGUGCCGCGUCUGUGUCAUGUGCCGCGAAUGCACCGGCUACAAUGUCAGUUGCGUGUCCGCGCUGAAUGUGCCGCUAGAGCAGCGUCUGGCGGGCAGCAUUUGUCCCUGCGGCCAUGGAGAUGCUGGCUGCGCCAAGUGCGGUCUGUGCGCCGCCUGCGUUGCGCUGCAGGAGAGCGAGAUUGUUGCAGCCGAUGCGAAGGCGGAACUAAAGCCGCUGCCCGGUGAAUUGCAGCGACAGCAGCGCUCCAAGACGCUGAUCAUGCGGCGCAAGGAAAAGAAACCCUCGGAGCUGGAAACUGGCGCCGCUGGUUGCACUGGCGGCGGCGGCACACCCACCGAUCUGGAGAAGGAUCCGCCGCGUGUAGCGCCGCUGGCACCGCAAGUGCUGCAGCUGCCAAGUGGCUCGCCGGUGGUGCAAGUGGCCUGCGGCCUGCACCACACCGUGGUGCUCACGCUGGCCGGCGAGGUCUUCACAUUUGGCAGCAAUCAAUACGGCCAGCUGGGCAGCGGAGAUCUGCAGGCAGUCACUGGUCCGAUACGCGUACAAGUGCAGGGCGCCAUUAGCCAGGUGGCCGCUGGCAGCAAUCAUACGGUGCUGCUCACGCACAAGGGCAUUGUCUACACAUUCGGCAACUAUCAGAAGGGUCAGCUGGGUCGCUUGCCCAGCGAUUAUGGCCAGAAGACGGUGCCCAACAACGCCAUUGCCCAGCAGCAGCUGCUGCAGCAACAACAGCAACAGCAGCAGGAAGAGGAAGCUGCCACACAGGAGGCCGCCUGCGUGCUGCCCGGUGGCUCCAAGGAGACAAUACUUAUACCGCCCAAUACGGCUGCACUUAUAGCGCAGCGCCAGAAGUUUCUAUGGAACUGUGCGCCCGGUGCCGUCUUCGGCCUGGGCCCCAGCUAUGGCAAAAAGGUUACCUGGAUCGGUGCCAAUGGCGACCAGACCUUCAUCAAAAUUGACGAGUCGCUGAUCACCGCCCAAAUGCUGCCCAAGAUGCAUGUGGUGGCCAACAAAAAGACCAUAAUACUCAUACCCAGCAUUCCGCUGUCAUUUCACACGCUCUCCAUAAACCGUAGCGAUGGCAGCUGCACGCCACAUUAUCGCGGCCAAACGAACUUUGCGCAGCUGCUGCAGGCGCAACAGCCACUUGGACAGCCGGAGAUCAAUCGAAAUGUGGACGUGGCGACGCCUUUGGUCGCCGAACUGCCGCUGGUCAGCAGCACCACGGCCGGUGUGCCCAUCAAUGAGCAAAUGUCGCGCAGCAUGCACGAGGCGCGCAAUCACAUCUUCGAGGAGCAACAGCAUAUGGAGACGGGUCAGGCCACAUCGCUGGCGGCCUCGCCACGACUGCAGCGGCGCAUACGACCGCGACCAGAGGCAGCCGCUUGCCCGGUAUCGCCCGAGCAGCAGCAGCAGCAGCAGCAGGCGCUGCCGCCGCAAAUCUCCUUUGCCAUGGAUCCCAGCUACAAUGUUCUAUGGGUAUUCGAUGGCGGCGCCCGCAAGCUGCGCUGCCACAAUGUGGUGGCCAGUGAAAUCGCCGAAUGCGAUGUGAACGCGGGCAACUAUCGGGCGCUGUUGUCGCCGGAAUUGUCGCUGCCGUGCAAGGCGGAGGCGCGCGUGUCCCGCUCGCAGGCAUCGCUCAAUUUGCUGGCCUGCCUGGAUAUACUGACAUCGGCACAGGACAAUAUACCCGGCUGCUUUGAGCAGGCGCUGCCACAGCAGCCGCACCAAACGGCCGAGGCGCAGAGCGGCGAGUACCAGGUGGUGAACCGAUUCGACAACUUUGGCGGCGGCUGGGGCUAUUCGGGGCACAGUGUGGAGGCGGUGCGCUUCUCGGCGGACACGGACAUUGUGAUAUGCGGCUUUGGCAUGUUUGGCGGACGCGGCGAAUACAGUUGCAAGCUGAAGCUCUACGAUCUGGGCGCCGAUGGCGGUGGCUACGAAAAGGAGGGCGUACUGAUUAGCGAAACCAAGGAGGUGCCAUAUGAGUGCGCCGCGCGUAGCAAACAUCACAUUGUGCUGCCGAAGCCGGUGAGCGCAGCGGCGGGUCGCUGGUAUUUGGUUUGGGCACGCAUCGCGGGCCCAUCCUCCGAUUGCGGUUCGUGCGGCCAGGCAUCGGUUACCACCGAGGAUCAGGUGGUCUUCUCGUUCAAGUCCAGCAAGAAGGCAAACAAUGGCACCGAUGUCAACUCUGGCCAAAUACCCGCCAUACUGUAUCGCCUGGUUACCCAGGACUGCAAGCAGUCACCGCUGCCGCUCGAUGCGGAUCCCGUGCAGCGCAUAUCGCGCGCCUUUGCCAACAGCGUGAGCCGCGAGUGCUUCGAGAGUUUGGUGGUGCUGCUCAGCUGGUCCUGGGACUGCUUCAAGACACAGCUGCGUGAGCAACGCGAACGCACAAGGCCGCUGCAGCUGCAGCAAACGCUUCAGUAUCUGGGCUAUGUCAACAAGUCCUGUCUGCGCCUGCUGCGCAAAUACACCAACGAGAUCUAUCCACAGCGUGCAACAACAACAACAGCAACAACAACAACAGCGACAACAACAACAACAGCGUCUGUCAACAACACGGCUGCGAGCGGUUCAGCUGCUGCUGUCGCUGCCCUUUCCAAGCUCCAACAAGCCAAGACAGUUAACAAAGACAAGUCGACAAGUCGUGCGCUCAGCAAUGCAUCCAGCGCGCAGUCCAGCGCCGUGUCCGCCUUGGGCACGGGCACGCCGGCCACGCGCAAAACCAAUCUGGAGAACAUUCAGCUGGCCGAGUGCAUUGGCAAUGUGCGCGCCCUACUCAUUAGCAUCUUUUGCGACGACAUCUUCAAGGACAUUGCCACCGAUGAGGGCUAUGCACUGGUACUGGAAAUCCUGGACGAAUGCCAUUUGAGCUUUGUGGCCUGCUUUGAUGCAUUCUAUCCAACAUCGUCGCUUAAAUGGAACUGCCUGUGCGAUUUGCUGGCCCAAAUGGAUCGCGGUGCACUGCAUUCACGCCUGCUGAGCGCCAUUCUGGCCGGGCUCUGCUCGCCCACAGUCAAGCUGCGUGCCACGUUCUCGCUGCUGAACGCAGCUGGUGGCAAUGAGCGUCAGUCGAUAAUCAGUCCCAGCGAUAAUUCGGGUCUGCCCAUGCUAUCGUCAACGGAGGCCCAUCAGUAUCCGAUACUGGUCGAACAGAUGAUCUAUCGCACGCAGCAGGAGAAGAGCGACUUUUUGAGCAACUCGUGGACAUUUAAGGAUGUGCUGGUGCGCCUGCUGGAAAUCAUAGCCAGUCCAAUUAGGGCGCGCAUUGAGUCCAUCUAUAGUCGUUGCCUGGGCGGCAGCUAUGCGUUCAAGGAGUGCAUCAAUCAGGGCCUCAUUGACAACUGUUGCCACCUGCUGGCCCGUGUCCUGGCCGAGAUUGUUUAUCAGACAGCGCUGGGCGAAUAUGAUAAACUAUUUUUGCCGCCGCGCACUUUGCACUCGACCAGUUCACGUUUCGCACGCUGCGACUUGAGUCGCACCUGGAAUACGGGCAAUUUUGGACCGGAUGCGAUUGCCUUCUCUGUGGAUCGGCCAGGCAUUGCCAUCGCCGGCGCCAUGAUCUAUUCGGGCUCGGGCAGCUAUGACUAUCAGCUGGAGCUGCUGUAUGACAAUACGGUGGAUCUGCAGCCGCAGCACAAAUGGGAAACAUUGGAGUCCAUAUCGGGCAGCUAUGAUCAGGAGGCGGUGCACAAUGAUCUGGCCGAAAUCAAAUUUGAGCAUCCGGUGCACAUCAAGGAGCACGCACGCUAUGCAUUACGCCUGUGCUCCCAGGGCGCGCGCACCUGUUCCGGUGAUGCGGGCAUGCCCACAGUGCGCGGCCCUUGCGGUGCCAAUUUUCAUUUCUAUGCCUGCGAUCUGAGCUUCAAUGGCACCACGCCCGCGCGCGGCCAACUGCCCAGCAUACUCUACUACAGCACGCCCAUCAAGCAGCAGCAGCAACAGCAACAGCACCAUCACCAGCAGCUCCAUCAACAGCAGCAGCAGCUGCUGCAGCAGGAUGCGGCAUUGUCUGCUGGCGCCGGCUGCUCAGCGAAUGCGGCACAUGGCAGCGCUGUGGCCAGCAACGAGAUAUCCACGCGGGAUACGGCGCUGCAAAUAGCCGCUGAUAUAACAAAGAAAUGCACGGAAUUGUUGAUAUUGGCGCGCAAUGCGAUGGCCGCAUCCUGUUCGCCGUCAGACAACUCAUCGUCGAAUCAUACACAGACCAUCGAUUCGGAGCACAAUAUAACGCCCAUUGAGGAGCAUAUGGACAUUAAUUGGGCAAAUAAUUCACGGACCGCAGCGCUGCCCGUUGAUCCGCAGCUGUCGACAACGGCCAGGGAUUUGGGUAAACGCAUCGAGUCUUUCUCCAAGGGCAUCAUGGAGACACUUAAAUUUGACAAACGCUCAACGAAUCCAUUCGAAAUGGAAAUCGAAAUUGGCGCCACGGAAAUUGGUGUCGAAGAGACGGCCGAAAUGAAUUUCUCCAAUGUCCAAUUGGCCGCCAAGCUCAAUGGCAACGAGCGUGCCGAGUACGAGCUGGCAUCAGAGGAGCCAGACCAGCAGCAGCAGCAGCAGCAGCAACAGCAACUGCUGCAGCAGCAACAGUUGCCGUUACAGCAACAGCAGCAACAAUUGCCGCCGCAGCCGCAUCCGCUGCAGCAUUCAACACAGCAACUGUUGCAUUCGGACUCGGAGGAGGCACAAAUUGUUGGCGGCGGCGGCGGCGGUGUUGCCGCCUUGCAGCUGCUGGAGGUAUUCAAUUUGGCCGCCUCGAAUAUGUUUCAUACGCUGUUGCCGCUGGUCUAUGCGCACAUCGCCAACUUGGCCUGCAGCGAUCCCAAGAGCUCCGUACAGAUACUCGGCCUCAUCAAGGAGAUAUUACCGCACAUUGCGGCGCUCAAUCAGCUGCAUGUCUCCAAGGAGCAGCGCACAGAGCAGCCGCUGCUGCGACCCGAACCCACAACAACCGCCACCAGUAGCAGCAGCAGCAGCAGCAACAGCACCACGACCAGCAAUCACUAUUGCAUUGUGGAGAGCGAACAUCCGUAUCGCAGCGCCAGCAUCAGUUGCUAUCGUGUCGAGUUUCCGCCCUGUGUCCAAUGGCUGACAAUUGAGUUUGAUGCACAAUGUGGCACCGCACAGCUCGAGGAUUAUUUGCUGCUAUCGAUACCCAUGCGUCCGGCGGCCGCAACACAGCCCUGCCAGGCGACGACAACGACGCCAGCAGCUACUGCAGCUGCUGCUGCAGCUGCUGCUGGAGAGGAUUACUAUGAUAUACUCGAUAAUAAUGUGAGUGCACGACGCGCCCAUAAUGCCCAGCUACAGAUGACCAGCUGCUGUCGCACGCCCGGCACGCAGCCACUGCGUCAGUUGGAUGCAGUCGAUCACGAUUGGAUUGUGGUCAAGAAGUUCAAUACCGCCUCCAAUUGGCUGCAGAACGUUCUGAUUUUGCCCGGCAAUUGCGUCGAGUUCUCACUGGAGACGGCCUCACUCUAUGCCCAGGAUCCGCAUAACAAUCGCUAUGGCUUCAAGUGUCUGGUCGUUGGCUACGACAAUCCCACGGCGAUCAAUGCCAGCAAUUCGUGUCUGAUACGACUGGAACAGGAGCUGGCCUAUCUGGGCGGCAUGUGCAGCGCCAAUCUGAUGAAAAAGGAUCUUCAUCUGCCGGAUGACAAAGAUAUGGACGACAUGAGCGGCAUUGAGGAAACAAUUAGCGCUCACCAUUCGCUGCUCUCCAAGGGCUUUGCGCUAUCCGAACCGCAUUUAACCGUGCAUCAGGCAUUGGAAUCAUAUCUGCCCAUUGGGUAAGUGCCAUUCACCAUGAUUAUAAGUUCUCAUUUACCCGACGAGUUUGAUACUAUAUGUUAGCCAUUUCAAGUGUUGCGUUAGUGAUUUUUCAGAGUAUUUGCUGUUAUGUUAACGAUGCACUGUUAAAGACGCACUGUUAAGAAGCAUGUUAACUAACAUUCGAAUCCAUUUCACUGUUGUUUUA